GUCUCCGACGCGGAGCUUGAGGCGGGAGUUGGGCUGCGAGGUGCACCCUCUAGACCUCCGGAGGCCAUCGCGGACAUCGCGGGGAGCUGCGACUGGCAGGCCCUACAGCUGCUCUCCUCUUCUCGUGUCUUCCCCGGUUCCACCCUCGGCCGCCCGACCCUCCGGCCGCCGCGGAGCCCAUGAGGGCGCGAGCCCCGCCGCCGCUUCUGCGGCUCCGCGAUCGUCCCGGAGCGCCCCUAACCGGCGUGGGCAGGGCCGCGGCAUGAGCGCGGAGCCGGAGGUGAAGGUGGCAUCAGAGCCCGAGGCGGGAGCCAUGCCGGAGAAGCGCGCGGGCGCGCAGGCCGCGAGCGGCAGCUCGCUACAAGGUUUUGGCCGACCAAGUGUAUACCAUGCUGCUAUUGUCAUCUUCCUUGAAUUCUUUGCAUGGGGCCUAUUGACAACUCCAAUGUUAACUGUUCUACAUGAAACAUUUCCUCAACACACAUUCCUCAUGAAUGGUCUCAUUCAAGGUGUAAAGGGCCUGCUCUCUUUUCUGAGUGCCCCGCUCAUAGGCGCUCUGUCUGAUGUGUGGGGGCGGAAGCCCUUUCUCCUUUGCACCGUCUUCUUUACCUGCUUCCCAAUACCACUGAUGAGAAUCAGCCCGUGGUGGUAUUUUGCAAUGAUUUCUGUUUCUGGAGUCUUCUCAGUCACGUUCUCUGUGAUAUUUGCAUAUGUUGCUGAUGUCACUCAGGAGCAAGAGCGAAGUACUGCUUAUGGAUGGGUCUCAGCCACCUUUGCAGCCAGUCUGGUCAGCAGCCCGGCCAUUGGAGCAUACCUUUCCGCCAGUUACGGAGACAGCCUCGUUGUGCUGGUCGCCACAGUGGUGGCUCUUCUGGACAUCUGCUUCAUCUUAUUUGCUGUUCCAGAAUCUUUCCCAGAGAAAAUGAGACCACUCUCCUGGGGAGUUCGGAUUUCUUGGAAACAAGCAGACCCAUUUGUGUCACUGAAGAAAGUUGGAAAAGAUUCUACCGUCUUACUAAUCUGUAUCACCGUGUUUCUUUCUUACCUUCCUGAAGCUGGACAGUAUUCAAGUUUUUUUCUCUAUCUCAGGCAGGUCAUUGGUUUCGGAUCUGUUAAAAUUGUAGCAUUCAUAGCUAUGGUAGGAAUUCUAUCUAUUGUGGCUCAGACAGUCUUUCUUACCAUCUUAAUGAAAUCAUUAGGGAAUAAGAACACCGUCCUUCUUGGCUUGGGUUUUCAGAUGUUCCAAUUAGCCUGGUAUGGUUUUGGAUCUCAGGCCUGGAUGAUGUGGGCAGCGGGGACUGUGGCCGCAAUGUCCAGUAUCACGUUUCCAGCAGUCAGUGCCCUCAUCUCUCGGAAUGCAGAGUCAGAUCAGCAAGGAGUUGCCCAGGGGAUCAUAACUGGAAUAAGAGGACUGUGUAAUGGCCUGGGGCCAGCGCUGUACGGCUUCAUAUUCUACAUGUUUCACGUGGAGCUGACUGAGAUGGAACCGAAAUUGAGUUCUAACAACGUUGCCCUGCAGGGAGCUGUCGUCCCAGGCCCGCCAUUUUUAUUUGGAGCAUGUAUAGUUCUUAUGUCUUUUCUGGUUGCCUUAUUCAUCCCUGAAUACACUAAAGGUGGUGGAAUUCAAAAACAUAGCAACAGCAUCAGCGGCAACCUGACCAACAGCCCAGAACUGGGCACUGAUGAGGACAUUGAGCCACUGCUGCAAGACAGCAGCAUCUGGGAGCUCACUUCCUUCGAGGAGCCUGGGAACCAGUGCACUGAACUAUGAACUUGACCGAAAAGGACAUGCUGCACAUGCCGUCUCUGAGAGCCAUUGGGGAGCCACACCACAUGGAGACGCUCUGGUGCUGAAGGGGACAUGCUAGUGGCAUCCCUCAGGGCCAAGCAUGAUAAACAACCCUCUGCCUUCCUCCUCCUGUUCCUUUUCUUCCAUUCUUUUUCUUCCGGUUUGUAGAUUAGAACAAGGUAAGAUUUUAAAUAUGUUCCUGCAAGCUGUAUGCAACUCUCAAAGUUAUUGGAGUCCAAAUUUUGAAACGCAUAAAUAGAAAAAGUCAUCUCUCUGCUAGAAAGGAUAGCUUUCCUUUAAUACUUCUAGAGUAAGAGUGACAGCAGUCUUCCCAUGUCCUUUUCAGUAGAAGGUGCAGGACUGUAGUAAGACUGUCAUUUCUGGCAAGAUUUGAGGUAAAGAAUCCUUUCUUCUUUUCUUCCUUCCUGUUUCUCUGAAAAGUGCCCACUUAGCCCACAGGUGUUUAUGAGUGGCUGCUCCAAAAGUCACUCAGUAUCAGGGAUCUAUUACCUUUGUUCAAAAGUCAAACAAAAACCUAGUCUUACUCUCCUUUACUUGUCUUAAUAGUCUUGGCUAGAAGGAAAUUCAGCAUAUAUACCUCUGGAUAUUAAUAAAAUUGAUCAGUGAUAACCUUUACCAGGGAGGGAAAUCUUUCUUAUAAAUUUAAAUCAUGAAGAAUUAGCAAUUCAGAUUCUUAGACCUAGUGUCGUAAUCAGAUCCAAGGUGAUUUUACCGAAGAAAAUACAUCAAGCCUUCUGGUGGCAACAUGGAAAUGGGAGGGCACGUUUGAGAAAAUUUUCAACAAUGUGAACAUUCCUAAGUAAGGGUGAGGGUUCCUAACUGGAUGCCAGUGGGGUUUAUACCCAAGUUCAGACUCUCGUAAUGCAUUAUUACUAUUUUUUCCUUCCACAUCUCCUGUAUCCUACUUCUCAAUUUUUCUCAUUCAUCAUACUCCUGCCUUAACUGCUCUGUGUAGUAUGCAUUUGUUUUCAGUAGGUCUUUAUUUCUAUCUGUCUGACUUUUGAAUCUCAUGGAAAUAUGCAUAUCAAAUUCUUAUCUAACAUGAUGGUUUAGGAAGCUCAGUUUCACAAUAAGUGUCUUGCUAAUUUUUCGAGAUGUUUUAUGGACAAAGAAAACUUUACAGAUUUAUAUGUAUUUUGCUGCACCAGUAAAUGAACCAUUAACUAAGGCCUACCUUUAACAGAGCACUCCUUUGGAAGUUUUAUAGGUAUGAAAUAUAUGUAGAUAUUUGUAAGGAGUUUUAAUUCUUUUUUGAUGGAGUGCUAUGUAAAUCUUGUAUUUAUAAAUAUAAUGAAGGUGUUGACAGAAAAAAUAUAUGUACAACUUUUAUAAAAGAUUAUGUACUGACUGAAUACAUUUAAAAGAAAAUAUAUUUUGAAACCUGUUCUGCUAUGAACAGAUAUAACAUAUCUUUUUAAUACGCUGUUGGUUUUUAAGUUAAGCUUCCUAAUGCAUAAUAAUGCAAAAUAAAUUUGCAAUGGAUACUUUUA